AAUAUGAGGCUGGAAACUGGAGACUCUUUAACGACUGCGGCGCUAGCCAAUUUGCGAGCUAUAUAAAACAGGGACUUCUGCAGAGAGAGCCUAAGUCCUGAAUGAGCCAACACAAAAAGGAUUGAAUUCGAAGAGUGCUUAUAGAUUAUAUGUCAGAUACUUGGUGCAUAACUUGGAUUUCUUACAUUCUCAUCAAAGCCUUUUUGAGUGCUACUUGUGGUAUCGGCAGAAAGGCAUAGCAAAUCACACARCAUCAAAAAGAAGCCUGGGAUCUACUUUUUAUAUAAAACUAAUCGCUUGUAGAAGCCUAGAGGCGCAAUAGUGAGCGCUAAGGUAUGGAGCUCGCACGAAAGUUGGCCUCCGUUAUGAUUUUAGGCAUUCUGUCCAUCUCUGCACAAAGUAGCAAAGCAGAUCAACCAUCAAUAUGCUACGACUUCUUUGGGUGCUUCUCCAACGCCCAGCCGUUCAAUCGAAGCAACAUACCACUUCCKGAAUCACCAGCGUCCAUACAGACAAGGUUCCUUCUUUUUACAAGACAAACUGCAUGGCAGGGGGAAUGGGUUGAUCUGAACAAUAUAAGAAGGUCGCAAUUCAACGCUUCGAAGACGACUAUGGUCAUUAUCCACGGUUUUGCAGGAUUCACAGUGAAGACAAGCAUCACGCAAGAGAGAGACUGGUGGGGACUUCCAAUGAAGAACCAAUUAUUACGGAAAAGAGAUUGCAAUGUCGUCAUCAUUGACUGGAUGCGCGGAGCCUGGUUUCCAUUCACGCGUGCUGUGGCUAAUGCUCGAUUAGUAGGUGCACAAGGAGCUUACUUCCUUCAGUCUGUUGAGGAGAUGUAUGGCCGUCGCUUGCCAUAUUUGCAUAUAAUUGGCUUUAGUUUUGGCGCACACGUGGCUGGUUACAUUGGAAGAAGAAUGAGAAAARAUGGACGUUCUAUUGACCGCAUAACAGGUCUGGAUCCAGCAGGAAUGUGGUUCGUUGGUGAGCAUGCUGACGUCAGACUAGAUCACAGUGACGCCAUCUUUGUUGACGUCAUUCACACUAGUUCCACCUAUGGCAUGACAGCUCAUAUUGGUCACGUGGACUUCUAUCCCAAUGGCGGUCACAAGCAGCCUGGAUGUGAUAGCAUGUUCAGUGGUUUUACCAAAUAUCUCUUCUGUAGCCACAAGAAAGCUCCAGCUUUCUUCAUAAGYUCAAUCACGUCGUCUUGUCCACUGUAUUCAUAUCCAUGUCACAAUAAAGAAGACUUUAAGAACGGAAAAUGUYUACARUGUAAAGGYUCWUGUAUUCCCAUGGGUUUCAAUGCUUUUUCGCCCUAUACUAAUGACACUGUCAGUGGAAAAUACUACCUUGUCACUGGAGGAAAGGCGCCGUUUUGUGAAUACCACUACGAGAUUACAUUCAAGACGAUGAGUUCCUGGUUCGCGGGUGUUUAUGGUCCAGUGUCUGUUAAACUUAAAGGUCAAGAUGGUCGCUCACACACUAUGAAGUCUAUGAAAUACAUCCCAGGAUGCACUGACAUCAAAUAUCUCUACACAAGUCCAUUCGACCUUGGCCCAUUGAAAAGAAUGACAGUAUGGCAUCAUGGGAUAUUUCAAUCGUGGGGACUGGAACGAGUGACUGUGAGACCAGCUUGGACGCAAGACCGAUACGUAGCACACCCCAAGAAAUGGCUGCGGUACGGCGUUAAGGUGAGCAAGCACCUAUUCACUUGGGAAAAGGACAUCAGACGACAAAGAAGGCUGGCAAGAAAGAUAGCAUUACGUAACAAGAGAUAUAAGAACUGAAGAUUAUAUAGCUAAGCGUUUGCGAAACGCGACUGCAUAAUACUUUGCUAAGAAGCUUGAGACACUCGUUGCUAGUCGCAAGAGAGAUGCACUGCUUCUCUUCCAAAGUUACACUCUCUACAUGGAAGACUCUCGGUGAGGCGGCUCGGACUCACAGCCUUUACUUCCACGCGUAGGUCCCACUCGUAUCAAAACUGCAUCAAACUCCGUGAAUAAUUAGAACUCACUUAUUAUCAAAAUAAGUAUAUAUAUCUAACAGAAAUAGAUCGACUUUAUUUCGCUUGUCAUUUAUAUGAUUAAAUAUUGUCACGAGUUUUAAAACUCACCCGAACAUUGCUUAAAUAAAAAAAAAAAA